AUGACAGUUCUCGAAAAUGAUAUAUCACCGGAGGACUUGAAAAAAAUUAAAGAGCUUCGGGAACUGGUCAAGGAUGAUAUAUCUCCGUAUUACGACACGGAUUUCAAUAUUCUCCGUUGGUUGCAAGGUCAUAACACACUGCCAUUGGCAGAGAUUGCCAGGAAAAUGAAAUUCCAUUUGAAUCUUCGUGCCGCCUGGAACCUGGAUGAACUUCACAAAAAGGAGAGAAACCAUCCCAUACACAAACAUUGGAAGUAUGGUAUCACUGGUCCAUCCGGCCACAUGGAAAACGUGAUUGUUAAUAUUGAACAGUGCGGAAAAACCGAUUACACUGGUAUGAUGGAAACUUAUUCCAUCCUCGAGGUGAUGAGAGCUCGUAUGGUGGACCUUGAACAGAUGCUGGCCCAUGUAAUGGAGAUGGAAGCAAAAACUGGAAAACAGGCUUGGAUCCUCUACGUCAUGGAUAUCACUGGUCUGCAGUAUAACAAAAAGCUGUACGACUUGGUGACUGGUUCGAUGAAAUCACUUGCUGAUUUUAUGGCCGACCAUUAUGUGGAAAUGAUUAAGUAUUUCGUUCCUGUCUGCGUACCAAGUUUUGCCACCGCACUCUACGUUGUCGUGCGCCCUCUGUUACCCGAAAAGACAAGAGAAAAGGUUCGACUAAUUGGAGAGACCAAUUGGAGAGAUGACGUGCUACAGUAUGCAGUUCACUCGUCAUUACCAUCAAUUUGGAAUAAUGAGGAUCACACGUUCGGAGGUUUUAUUGAGUUGCCAGUCUCAUAUCCAACAGAUGGAUACUAUUCAGCUAAGAAUCAUAGUGUCAUAAAAAAUGCUCAAACAAUCAAUGUACCUUAUGGAAAAAUCCACGUCGUCACGAAAUUCAUCAAACAAGGCGGCACCUUAAAAUGGUGGGUCCGCGGAAACCGCAACUUCGGAUUCGGCGUUUUCUACAGUGACGAGGAGCAAGUUUCCGAUUUUUUCAUUGCCAAACAAGUCUCUCCAUGUUUUCCAUGCAUGCCAGGACCGACUCUUGUCCCAAUGGAAGAUGAGGUUAUUGUCAAGAAGGAUGCCUAUUACCAUAUAUGGGUCAGCAACGAGAAGUCAUGGUGGAGAUCCUUAGAAGUGCAGCUUCUCGUGGAAUCCAAAUAA